AUGGAAUAUGUUCAUAUGAAAGUUAAAAUUGAAUUUAUGAAUUUAAUUUAUUUUAUUUUACUCAAUGAAAAAAUAUUAGAACCUAUUAAACUUAUUCAACAAUUAUUAAAUGAUACAUUAAUUAUACAAGAUAAUAUUGAUAAUCAUUAUAUUAAUUUAGAUGAAAUAAAUUGUUUACAAUUAUUAACUAUAAUUAUUCAAAUAAUUGAUCAAUAUUUUAAAAAGAAUCAUAUUAAUAAUAGUACAUUAAUGAUUGAUAUUCAACAAUGGAUUAUUUCAAUAUUAAAAACAUCGAUUCAAUCAUCAUAUCAACAAAUUAUUUUUCUAUUAAAAUUUUUAAAUCAAUCAACAUGUUAUUUAUCAUUAUCAAUGAAACAAUUUCUUUUUGAUGAAUUAAUUAAUAUUUUAAUUGAAAAUAAUCAACAAAAUCAUAUGAAUAUUUAUCGACAAUUUACUAGUUUUUGGGAUCGUCUUUAUCUUUUAUCAAUAAUAAUAGAAUGUAUAACUAAUGAAAAUCUAGAAAAUUAUCAAAUACCAUAUCAUCCAUCUAUUAUUAUAAAUAAAAA